AUGAUGUUCGAAGCAAUCGACACCGUUACUAAGCACUCACCGUUCUCACUAGCUUGGUCCACAAAGCCCAACGCCAUGACACUCUUGCCAUUGCCAGUGCUGGAAGUCCUUGACUUUGAAAAUGAUGAAAUAGCAAAGGGAUACACAAGCAGAUUAUCAAUCAGGGAGAGCAAGGUUCAAGACUUCUUCCACAUUGAUCCGAGCAGCACAAGUGCGCUACAACUAAAGCCAAGAAGUGGAUGCCAACGACCAAACAUCCGCAACCAGCUAGAAAGAGGCCUCCAUGGUGGAAACAUUAAACUGAAGUGCUUUGUCGAUACCAGAAACAUUGAGACUCGCCUCGAUCUAAAACCUUUUGUUGCAAUGUUGAAACACCAAGAACGUCCACUACUACAAAUUUUAAACAAAGCGUUAAGACACAUCUUGCUUGACAUCAACAACUUGGAUAUUGGACGAAAGUUCAAUAAGAACAUCAACAAAGCGCAGUGA